GCCCGGUAUAAAUUCAGUUGAUUAAAAAAAUGUAAAGUAGGAAUUUGAAUAUUAGGUAUUUAGGUCGGAUGUCACUUGUUAAAGUUUCUGCGUUUGAUUUGCACUUGUUCGUUUCAAUUUCAGUAAUUUGAAGAACUUAUAAAAUGGAUUUGAAGUGUGUAUCGAAUAUAAAAUGUGACCAAGGAGCAAUACGUUCUGUGAGGUUUAAUGUGGAUGGUGAAUAUUGCCUUACGUGUGGCAGUGAUAAGAAAAUUAAACUCUGGAAUCCAUUUAAGGAGUUAUGUUUGAAAACGUACGCUGGCCACGGAGACUGUGUAAUGGAUGCAUGUGGUUCAUGCGAUAGCAGUGAAUUAGCAUCAUGCGGGGCUGAUAAAUCAGUUGUAUUAUGGGAUGUGUCAGAUGGGAGAGUAAAACGCAGAUUACGGCAACAUGCUGCAACAGUGAAUUGCGUUGAAUAUAAUGAAGAUUCUUCAGUUGUGGUGUCAGGAUCGAAUGACAAUACUGUUUGUUGUUGGGAUACUAGAAGUCGUAACAACAGUCCAAUACAAGUUUUAAAAGAAGCCAAAGACAGUAUUACUAAAGUUUUAGUAAUAGGCCAUCAAAUUCUAACAGGUUCCUUAGAUUGUUUUUUAAGAACUUAUGACAUAAGAAUGGGAAAUUUGGAUGCUGAUUUUAUUGGAAAACCGAUAUCAUGUAUUAGUUCAACACAGGACAAUAUGUGCACUUUAGUAAGCUGUACAGAUAGUACAUUGAAGUUAAUGGAUAAACAAAAAGGAGAAUUAUUGAAUGAGUAUACAGGUCAUACAGUCGGCGAUUAUUUUAUAGAAAACUGUGUAUUUCAUAAUGAUAGCAUAAUAAUAAGUGGAUCAACCUGUGGGCAUCUGUGGUGUUGGGAUUUUGUCAGUGCUAAAGUUAUAGAGAAGUUAAAACCUAAUAACAAUGUUUCAUACACACAAUCCAUAAAUUCAAUUAGUACACACCCCAGUAAAAAAGUACUAUUAGCAUCAUGCGGGCCUUGUAUUAGUCUUUGGUCUGAAUAAUUAUUUUUCAAUUCAUAUAUAGUUGAAACACGGUUCAGAAUAUUCAAAAAGUCUUUCAUUUUUGCUUUUUCGAGCUGUAAUAUCUUUUGGUGUAUCACCUGUACUAUUUGAUAGUUUUAUGUCAGCUUGAAUACCAGGUUGAGACAAUAAAAGUUCAAUCAGAUUAUGUGAAUCAGCCAACUCUGCUACUAAAUGUAGAGGUGUUAUACCUACAAAAUAAAAUAUUUAUAAACAUAUGAUUAUAAUAUAAUGUAAUAAAAAGAAUGUAUGUAUAUAAAUCGUA